GCCCGUUAGCUGAGCGCAUAAAUAUUUCAGGCACAAUUUGAGGGGCGGCAACGACAUCCACUUAGCCGGGCCAACCCAAUCCCUGGCCCUGGUAUAUAAACCCCAUUCGGAGUCCUCGCUCAGCUUCAGUCUCGCCAUGGACAGCAGCUACUUCUCCGUACAGCGACGUGCCCUCGAAAUUGUGGGCUUUGAUCCCGGCACGCCGCGUCUGUCCAUGAAGCAGCCGCUGUGGGCUGCGCUCCUGAUCCUCUCGCUGGUCUCCCACAACUGGCCCAUGGUCGUCUACGGGCUGCAGGAUCUCAGCGAUCUGACGCGUCUCACCGACAAUCUGGCCGUGUUCAUGCAGGGCUCGCUGUCCACGCUCAAGUUUGUGGCAUUCAUUGUGAAGCGGCGACGCAUUGGCGCCUUGGUGCAUCGCCUCCACGGACUCAACCGGCAGGCGUCCGGCAAUCAGCAGCAACUGCGGCUGAUACUCCAGGAGAACCGCCGGGACAUGUAUGUCUCCAAGUCGUUCAGGAAUGCUGCCUAUGGCGUGAUCGUUGCCUCUGCCGUGGCGCCCAUGCUGAACGGCUUGAUUGCCUACUGGCUGGAGGGCCACUUCCGCCCGACGACGCCCAUGGAGUUCAACUUUUGGCUGGACGAGCGGCAGGCGCGCUACUACUGGCCCAUCUAUGCCUGGGGCGUGCUGGGCGUGGCUGCUGCCGCCUGGCUGGCCAUCGUGGCGGAUACGUUAUUCUCCUGGCUGGUGCACAAUGUUGUGGCGCAGUUUCAGCUGCUGGAAUGGCAGUUGCAGCAGGCGGAUGUCCACCUGGUGUCCUGCAUUCAGCGCCAUCGCUUGGCUCUCGAACUGGCUGCCGAGCUCUCCGCCAUCUUUGCGGAAAUCGUCUUUGUGCAGUACAUGCUGAGCUAUCUGCAGCUCUGCAUGCUGGCCUUUCGCUUCACCCGCAGCGGCUGGAGCUCCCAGGUGCCCUUCCGCGCGGCCUUCCUGCUCACAGUCUUCAUGCAGCUGAGUUCCUACUGCUACGGCGGCGAGUACCUCAAGCAGCAGAGCUGCCACGUGGCUGUGGCUGUGUACGCGGCGAGCGAUUGGUCGCGGAUGCCCCCUGCCCGGCGUCGCUUGUGGCAGCUGCUGAUGAUGCGCGCCCAGAAGCCCGCCAAGGUGUUUGGCUACAUGUUCGAUGUGGAUCUACCGCUGCUGCUCUGGGUGACCAAGACCACAGGCUCGUUUCUGGCGCUGCUGCGCACAUUCGAGCGUUAA